ACCCCCAUCAGGUAUUAGCAUUAGCCUUUUCUGAGAAAAACGAUAACCAGAUAAGGAAGGGAGGGGGCACAUCUAUAUAAGUUAGAGGCCUCUGAAAAUUUCUCAAUUUUGUGUUUUGUCUUAUUCUAAGGUGUUCAUUUCCUGGCGAUACUCAAACUAAAAGUUGUUUUAUAUUUUGGUGUUAUAGGUUAUACAAUUUUCAAGUUAUGGACAAUUCGCAGUUAUUGUCAACGGAAGUCAAAAAUAGGCGAGAUAAAUCAUCCAUGAUUUCGGUUUCUACCAAAUCAAUAGACCAGCGCACUUAUAGAUUGGGAAAAUACUUAUACAGUUACAAAAUUCAUAGAAGUAAUAUGAGCCUACAACCUAGGGGUUUGAUCAACAGGAGCACAUUCUGUUACAUAAACUCCAUAUUACAAGCCCUACUAGCAUGUUCACCAUUAUGCCAAUUACUGAAAGGACUUAAUUAUACUUCGAAUGGAAUCAUCAGCUCAACACCUUGCAUCGAAAUCAUGUGCGAAUUCUUCAGCCAAUUUAAGGAGUUUUCUGGUUCACCUGAAACUCGUUUAUCGAAAAAAAAUAAAAAUAAACGAAGGAACUUCGAUGCCUAUUGUGGAGAUCCCCUCGAAGUGUCAUCUUUCUACAAAAUACUGAAUGGUAGCAGAAGUGACACUUUCCUGAUUGAAGGGCAGCAAGAAGAUGCCGAAGAAUUUCUGGGUCUCCUUUUGAAUGGGCUCAACUAUGAAAUGAAAAGUGUGAGUACAAUUUUCGUUACACUAUACAAAACUAUACUUGUCUGAUAUGUUUUAAACUGCAUUUCUGUGUCGGAUACGAAAUUGUCUAGCCCUUCGUCGCGGUCAUAGACUACAUUGAUUAAUUAUGAUCAAAUAUCCCUUGAAGAAUUAUUGUGAGCCAUCGCAUU